UUGAAGCCUGGAAACGUUACGUCAUCGUCGUGCGCCGAUGUUGUGAUCACGUGAGCGCCCGCGACGUCAUCGUGAAGGCGACCAGCUGGCUUUAUCAAGCCGGUGAUAGUUUCGUUGUGUUGUCGGUAGAAGAUAUCACUGACCAAAUGAAAAAGAAAAAUGCAGCAAGCGAGAAGGUGCAGGCGAAGAAGAUGAGCGCAGAGGCGGCAGACAGAGAAGCGGCCACGUCCAGUCGGCCACGUACCCCGCCACAGACGUCUUGGUUUGAAUUCUUGCUGGAUAUCUCUUUAUUGGAGUCUCACUUGCUGAAGAACUGUCCAGAUCCUUCUCCUGUUCAGCUGAUCAUCCAGUUCCUGGAGCAAGCUUCCAAACCUACUGUGAAUGAACAGAAUCAGGUGCAGCCCCCCACUGACAACAAAAGAAAUCGGACGCUAAAGCUUUUGGCUUUAAAAGUGGCUGCUCACCUAAAAUGGGAUUUAGAUGUACUAGAGAAGAGUUUAUCUGUUCCUGUCCUCAAUAUGCUGCUGAAUGAGCUGCUAUGUGUGAGCAAAGUACCGCAAGGAACAAAGCAUAUAGACCUGGACCUCGGGAGCCUGCCUCCAACCACAGCUAUGGCUGUAGUGCUGUACAACAGAUGGGCCAUCAGGACCAUUGUGCAGAGCAGCUUUCCUGUGAAACCAGUUAAACAGGGUCCACUACAGCCCAAUGUAAUGAAUCAAAUCCAACAAGAAAAGGAACUCACUGAAAAUAUACUGAAGGUGCUGAAGGAACAGGCUGAGGACUCGAUCGCCGUGCUGGAGGAAACCAUUAAACUUAGGAAAGCCUUCUAUGUUCAUACUGUAAGGACCUUGGACCUGUUGGCAGCUGAACCUGGUGUUGUGAACGGUGAAACAGAGAAUUCUACUGCUGGGUUAAUGAUCAGUUCUGAGGAAGUACAAUGCCAGAUUUGUUAUGACCUUGGAGCUUUUUACUUCCAACAAGGACCUACAAACCUUCUGAAUUAUGAAAAGGCUAGAGACCACUUCUUUAACAUCAAGCAGCUGGUUAUUAAGAUCGGCGCUGUUUCUGCCCAUUGCUCUAUUGAUGAGAAGAGACUGGCUGGGUAUUACCAAGCUUGCAGCGUUCUUGUCCCUUCAAAUAUGGCUGCCGUGCAGUCCUCAACAUAUGGCCAAAUCCAUAAAUUCAUGAGGUCUGGAAACUAUCAGGGUGUACUGAAUAUCUUCUAUGAAGAUAAUUUCAAUGGUAAUUUACCUGAACAAUUCAGACAGUCUGUGCUGAGAGAGCUCUUCCAGAAAGUGCAGCAAGGCAACGAUAGUCUGACUGAAGUCUGCUAUAAAGUCUGCGCUUGUAACACCGUCCAUGACAUUCUCCGGGGUCGGAGCGUCACUGUCCAGUUUCACCAGCUCUUCAGGAAGCCAAGCAAAGAAAAAAUAGAUUAUCUUCUUGAGGUUUGUUCCAGGUCUAUGAAGGUAGAUGAAGCUUCAGAGUUUGAAAGGCGAAAUGUGGCAUCAUUUUUAAAAAACCUGUGCAUGGGACUAGAAGACUUACAGCUGGUGUUCAUGAUUUCUUCCCAUGACUUGUUCAUGAAGCUCCUUACGGACGAUGAGAGAAAGAUGCUUGUGGAUCAGAUCAGACAGCGAACGUCCCAUACUAAUCUCUGUACCAAGCCUGUGACUUCAUUCUAUGAUAUACCAACAUCUGCGAGUGUAAACAUUGGUCAACUAGAACACCAGCUUAUCCUCACCGUGGACCCCUGGAGAAUUAGACAGAUCCUCAUAGAGCUGCAUGGGAUGACCUCCGACAGCCAGUUCUGGACAGUGUCCAGCAAGUGGGAAGCACCAACUAUAUACAGUGGAAUAAUCCUGGGAAUUAAAGACAGUCUGACCAGGGACCUGGUGUACAUCCUGCUGGCCAAAGGCUUACACUGCAGUGCCAUUAAGGACUUCCUCCAUGCCAAGCAGUUACUGGCUGCCUGUCUGGAGCUGGUGACUGAGUUUUCUCCUAAGCUUCGCCAAGUGAUGCUCAAUGAGAUGCUGCUGUUGGAUAUCUACAGCCAUGAGGCCGGGCCUGGUAUGAACGGGGAUCGCCCUCCUCCAGAACUGAUCAGCAGAGUACGGGGAUACCUGGAGAUGAGAAUUCCUGACAUCCCCCUCAGACAAGUAGUGGCAGAGGAAUGUGUUGCCUUCUUGCUGAAUUGGAGAGAGAAUGAAUACCUAACCCUACAGGCACCUUCAUCCUUGGUACAAAAUAAUCCCUAUGUGAAGCUGGGACAGCUUUUGGCAGCCACGUGCAAAGAGCUAUCUGGACCAGACAGCAGGAGGACGGCCAAAGACCUCUGGGAGGUGGUGGUACAGAUAUGCAGCAUCUCCAACCAGCACAAGCGGAGCAGUGAUGGCAGGAUCAGCCUGAUAAAGAACAGGGACUCCACAAUGGGGAUUAUGUACCGGAGUGAACUUCUGUCUUUCAUAAAGAAAUUACGUGAGCCACUGGUGUUGACAACGUUGCUGUCCCUGUUUGUUAAGCUGCACAAUCUUCGGGAGGACAUUGUGAACGAUAUCACUGCCGAGCACAUGUCUAUCUGGCCAGCAAAUAUUCCAAAUCUUCAGUCUGUUGACUUUGAUGCUGUUGCUGUCACAGUAAAAGAGCUUGUGAACUACACUUUGAAGAUCAAUGCCAACAACCACUCGUGGCUCAUCAUCCAGGCAGACAUUUACUUCGCGACCAAUCAGUAUUCUGCCGCGCUGAACUACUAUCUGCAGGCGGGGGCCGUGUCCUCUGAUUUCUUCACCAAGCCCGUUCCCCCCGAUGUGUACACAGACCAGGUGAUAAAGAGGAUGAUAAAAUGCUGCUCCUUUCUGAACUGCCACACACAGGUGGCCAUACUCUGCCAGUUCCUUAGAGAAGUGGAUUAUAAGACGGCAUUUAAAGCUCUGCAAGAACAAAAUAGCCAUGAUGCAAUGGAUUCCUACUAUGAAUACAUAUGGGAUGUGACUAUACUGGAGUAUUUGACACACUUGCAUCAUAAAAGAGGAGAAAUUGAUAGGCGACAAAUAGCGAUAAAAGCCAUAGGGCAACCUGAGCUCAAUUCCAGUAACCCCGAGGAGGUCCUGCAGCUGGCCGCCCAGAGGCGCAAGAAGUCUUUUCUCCAAGCAAUGGGAAAGCUGUACUUCUGAGUCUGUAAAUAACUUUUUGGUCCGAAACGACAUAAAUAGCAACUGUUUUAUUUUAUACAUAUUUACACACUUUUUUUGUACAGACAUCUGAUGGAAAAUAUACAAAUUCAUAACGUAUUUACAAGUGUACAUGUUAUUCCCAGAAGACAGUGGUGCGAGAACAGGAUAUAU